CAAAGUACGAAGAAGCACGUUGGUGAAAUACAGCAGAUUUGAAAGCACACCAGAUUCGAGAUAUACUACAAAUCCUUUGUGAUAGAGAAGAUCCUUGAAGAUGACUCUGAGUGAAAAGCACGAAGGGGACGAUAAAGGUUGAACCUGAAAGACCUAUGCUUAUUCAAGCACGAAGGAGAGAAGGAGACAGACGAAGGUUGAAGGAGCGCAGGAGUCUUGCAGAUCGAUUAGGAUGGGUGAAGGGAAUUGACAAAUCUUUAUUUUUUCUGAGAGAGAAACAAGGAUUGAUAGCGAGCCGAGUCUCCCUCCUCUCACACCUCAGUCGGGCAGCUUCCACCACCGCCUCCCUGCGCUGCGCCGGAAACGAAAACCAGUCCUAACCUCAAAGCUCAUAUCGCAUUGUAGUUGAAUUGCCCGGAAUGCCAUUGUAUAAAAGGAAGCCAUUUGCUUUGUUGGAAAAACCCACCGAUUUGAACCCCAAUGAGGAGGUCUUCCAAGUCAGAUUCACAAAAGAAAUCUUUAGGGAUUAUGGUGAUUAUUUGAAGCGGAUGAAUAUGUAUCAACAAAGGGUAUGGUCAUGCAAAUUGUCAGGGAAGAAUUGCUUGACCUAUGAGGAAGCGCUCCUUUCAGAGAAGGAGUCUGGUGAAGAAUUGCAACUGUUUCCCAAGGAACUUCUAGCCCCUGUACUUCGAGAUCUUCAAUUCAGUAUGUUGAGUUUAAACGAUCUUGUCAACAAAAUUGCCAUUAAGCUUCAAGGCCGUUCAUCAGUGGGUUCCAUUCUUUAUGGAAGGAAAAAUGGUAGUAUUCAUAGUUGUAGGAUUUUAAAAGUUGUAGAGGAGGAUGGGAAAGCACAGUAUGAGGUUGAGUGGAUGGACAUAUAUGAUAAUGACAAAUCUGAAAUUACAUUUGUGAAGGAAGAGGAGUUGAUAAGGAAAAAGCUGCCUUAUAUUAGAGGCGUUCUUAAAGUUUUAAUCAGAGAGUCUACAUAUCGCAGCAUUCCCUGGGUCUUACAUGAUAAGUUGGCAGAUGAGCAUGAGAUUCCUACUCACCCUCCUCCAGAGUUAGAAAACAAAAUUUCUCUCAAGGAUGGUUUAGUUGUUGUUAAUAAAAAGAGAAAGAAUGGUGAAACUAUACAAACUGAUGUGGACAGAGAAAAUAAUGGGUGGACAGAUCCUAAGCGGAAGAAUUUUAUCAGAAAGAGUUCUAAUGCCUUAACAACUGCGGAGACUGGUAAUGAUGAAAACAAAAACUUGGAUGUGGUGUCUGUUAGAUAUCCAAUUGAUGAUUUACUGGUACAGCCUUCAGAAAGUGACAAACAGUUAACUGAACGUCCUUCUCCUUCUCGGGAUUUCCAUGCGCCUAUGCAUUGUGUUGGGGAACUAUUGAUGGUUUGGGAGUUUUGUACAACAUUUGGCAAAUUUUUGCAAUUGUCACCAUUUUCCCUUGAAGAUUUUGAGAAUGCCGUGUGUCAUAGUGACAGCAAUGUUGUUCUCAUUGUAGAAUCCCACGCAGCUCUUCUUCGUGUGUUAAUGAAUGACCAUGUGGGCUAUUUCUUCACUACACAAAAGAAAAAGAGAAAGUCCAAGAUCACGUUAAUUACUUGGACAGAGUAUUUGUGUGACUUCUUGGAAAUGAUGGGCAUUGCUAAGUUGUGUGCUCAUAUCUCUACAAUCAAACGCGGUCAUUAUGGCCUUCUGGAUGUUAGCAUUAAAUUAAAGAUCCUUGGGGAACUAGUUGCUCAAACCUGUAUGCUAGGCCUUUUUAAGGAGAAGUUGGAUGAGGAUAUUGAGAAGCGGAUGGCACUGGCAGCCGCACGGAGAGAUGAAGCUUUGGAAGAUGGUAGAAAUAGGAGAGAGGAAAAAGAGCGUUCUAAUCAUCCACCUGCUCUAAAUAUUGGAGGAGAGGUACACAUCAAAGCUAUCAACCACAAUAGGAAAAAUGGAGCACUUUCUAAUGAAAGAAAGGAGAACGGGACCUCUUCUAAUUCGAAACAUUUAUCAGAGGACAGUGAGGGGGAGCAAGUUGAUAUUACAUUAAGGAAUUCUAUGAAAAAGAAGUUAAAUGUGAAAGAUGCUGCAGAGAGCAGUAAUAAUUCAUCAAAGAAGGCUGUUUUCAAGAAUGGGAUAAAGAAAGUAAUGCAAAAGCAUAGCAAGGACCAAAAGCAAAGGGUUGCACACAAGCUACUGAAGAAUCAAAUAAAGGAAACAAUAGAAAGCAGGAGUAAGGAGCAAAGGAAGGAGUAUCUUGAUCGAGAAAUAGAAAAGAGAAUUAUACGCACCAGUCCGCUGGGGAAAGAUAGAGACCAUAAUAGAUACUGGUUUUUCAGACGUGAAUCAAGAAUAUUUGUUGAGAGUUCUGACUCCAUGCAGUGGGGAUAUUAUUCUUCAAAGGAGGAGCUCGAUGCUUUGAUUGGUUCACUUAAUGUGAAGGGUGUAAGGGAGAGGGCUCUCAAAAAGCAACUAGAGAAGUUUUAUGACAAAAUAAUCCUGGAAAUUCAGAAGACAUCAAAAGAGGCAACCCAUGAAAGUUGUAAAGAAGACUCUGUAGUUCGGAGGUCAACCCGAGUUCGUGCCCCACCGGGAGAAAAUCCUGCUCUUGCAUUCCUUAAGUACGCAAACUCGUGGAAGGAAGAAAAAAGUGCAAAGAAAAAAUCCAGAACGUUUGAUGGGAUAUGCAGAACCACGAAUACACACACGGAUCUGGAAAAGAAUUAAAUUUUUUCUUUUUUUUUUCAUUUCUUCGGGUCAUCGUUAAAAGCCGGCCAUUCUAUGGUGAUGUACCUAUUUUUGAGUUUGGGUGUUUUGAUCUCCACAUCCACGGAUGGUGAUAGAAGCCAAGUUGGAUCCAUUCCACUCCAGUAUGUUUUUGGUAAUAGUUCAGGGUGGGGAUUUUCUUCAUUUUUUUUGUAGAUACGGCUUAAGCAGCUUGGUU